CACAUCCUCAUAUGUGUAAUACAAUUUGAUGCUCUAAAAUGCAAAAUCUUUUGCUAGUUGUGCAAAUGUGUAGCAAAGAACAAGCAAUGAUCUUCUCUGUGUCGGGAAGCUGUGUUGCCACUACAGUCACAUGACUGUUUCAACAGAAAACAUGAAGUCCUACAUACCAUAUGCUAUGUUUGCUGAACAAAUGCAAACAGAGAAUACCAUAUAUAGCAAGUAAAUACCACAUUUAUGCAGCGCUGGAGUAGCACAUUAGUGUCAAAGCUGCUAUCUAAAGUGAGGUGGUCAAGUUGGCAGAGGUAUGAAUGUUCUGAAUGGUUCCUGCCUGUACAGUCGACCUUCUCUAUCUCUGCUCUUUCCCAGUCUCAGUAAAAUCAUAACACCAUAAAUUCGAUGUUAAGGAAAGGGUUUCGAAGGGGAAGUUAUUUAAAGAUGUGGGUGUGGUCAGUUCAUGCAGCCUCCAUUCCUACUUGCCCCUAAUGUUUGGUUAUGAUACCCAAAGACGGAGACUUCAGAUGCUUGUCGACCUAAGUGGAGGAAUAAAGCCUUGGUGGGUUUAAAAGGGUCUGCUGAUAAUCUGCUACAAUCCUAUCUGUCAAAAAGAACUUUCUCUGGUGUGGUUGGAAACUCUCCAGUUUCCCCUUUCUUUGUCAUGGGGUUCCUCAAGGGUCAAUCCUUAGUGUAGACUUGGUUUGAAUUAACAACUAAAUUCUCUUGAACAGGAAUCUUAACCUUUUCCAUCAUUUAUAUUCUCUGUUAUAACGGUAAAACAUUUGCAGUCACAUUAUGGAAAGAGUAGUUUUCAAUGUUAAAGAGGAAAAGACUGCUCUUUUCCUCUGGCACAUUUCUGGCACAAGAUAAGAUUGUGCCAGAAAUAAAGAAAAACAUCCAACAAGUGACUCAAAACCUUACAACGGGGAAAUAACUUUCUUCUUUUUCGCUGCCUUGCUGUUCUAUGAGGACACCAGCACAGAUAAAGAAGCUUCAGCUGAGUUUAUAGCUUUGAUUGAGGACAUGGGACGCAGUUUCUUCCCCGGCUGAUGCCCAGUCAGCACUUGUAUUGUACGCUGACUCACAGGGCAUGGCGUUCACCCUGGAAGAGCGCCUCCAACUGGGAAUCCACGGCCUGCUGCCCCCUUGCUUCCUCUCCCAGGACGUGCAGGUCCUGCGGGUCAUGAAGAGCUAUGAGACGCGCUCCAACCCUCUGGACAAGUACAUCCUGUUGAUGACGCUACAGGACAGAAACGAGAAGCUGUUCUACCGUUUGUUGACCUCUUACAUCGAGGAGUUCAUGCCCAUCGUGUACACGCCCACCGUCGGUCUGGCAUGUCAGCAGUACGGACUUGCCUUCAGGAGACCACGAGGACUCUUCAUCACCAUCCACGACAGAGGACACAUUGCCUCCAUGCUCAACUCCUGGCCAGAAGAAGACAUAAAGGCCAUCGUAGUGACAGAUGGGGAGCGUAUCCUCGGGCUUGGUGACCUUGGAAGCUACGGGAUGGGGAUUCCUGUCGGGAAACUGGCGCUCUACACGGCGUGUGGGGGUGUUCGGCCGCAUCAUUGUCUCCCGGUCCUGCUGGACGUCGGCACUGACAACCAGACGCUGCUCGAUGACCCACUGUACAUCGGACUGAGGCACAAGAGAAUCAGAGGAAAGGAAUAUGACGACCUGGUGGAUGAGUUCAUGCAGGCGGUGACAGACAAGUACGGGAUGGACUGUCUCAUUCAGUUUGAGGAUUUCGCCAACAGCAACGCCUUUCGCAUCCUCAACAAAUACAGGCAUCGCUACUGCACCUUCAAUGACGACAUCCAAGGCACGGCGUCCGUAGCUGUUGCCGGGGUCUUAGCUGCUCUGAAGAUCACCAAGAACAAACUGUUAGACCACACCUUUGUUUUCCAAGGAGCAGGCGAGGCGGCUCUAGGAAUCGCUAACCUGCUAAUCAUGGCCAUGGCCAAAGAGGGGGUAUCCAGAGAGGAAGCUGCCAAGAGGAUCUGGAUGGUCGACUCCAAAGGUCUCAUUGUGAAGGGAAGAGGCCAUAUAAACCACGAGAAGGAGGAGUUUGCCCACGACCACCCGCACCUGAAGACCCUGGAGGAGGUCGUGGAAACCAUCAAACCCACUGCCAUCAUAGGCGUGGCUGCUAUCGGAGGAGCGUUUACUGAGAAGAUCAUCAAAAACAUGGCGUCCUUCAAUGAGAGGCCCAUCAUCUUCGCCCUGAGUAACCCCACCAGCAAGGCGGAGUGCACAGCGGAGCAGUGCUACACGCUCACAGAGGGUCGCGGCAUCUUCGCCAGUGGAAGUCCGUUUGACAAGGUGACGCUGGCUGAUGGACGCACCUUCUACCCCGGGCAGGGAAACAACGCAUACGUCUUUCCUGGAGUGGCUUUGGGUGUUAUAGCCUGCAGGGUGCGCCACAUAUCUGACGACAUCUUCCUCACCACAGCAGAGGCGAUAGCUGACAUGGUAACAGAGGAGCACCUGGCUGAGGGACGACUUUAUCCUCCUCUGAGCACCAUCAGAGAGGUGUCCUUCAAGAUAGCAGUUAAGGUUGUCAACCAUGCGUACAAACACAACAUUGCCUCGUUGUACCCCGAGCCUAAAGACAAGGAGGCGUUUGUGCUGUCUCACAUCUACAGUCCUGAUUACGACUCCUUCACUCUGGACACGUACGGCUGGCCACAGGAGGCCAUGAAGGUCCAGGACGUGUGAUCAGCUGGUGUCUACACUCAAUACUCUGCCCUGGCAUCACGCCCAAUUUCUGCAUUGCCUCCAUAAAUACAUACUUAGCCAAUGAUAUUUUUCUUAUUAUGGUUUGUUUAAAAAAAAAAAAAAAUUGUUUCCAUAGCGCUCAUUAUCAACUUGCUGCCCAUCAAACCCUGCUACAUGCUGUAUAUAUAUCUUCUCUAUGAUGCCGGUGCGACCUGGUAUCAAAUUAGCAUUUGUCCUGAGUGAUCCGAUGACAAGUGGUCGGCUCUAAGCACAAGCGUGAACGUUCCUUAAUGUGUCAUGAGAUGUCAUUCUUCUUUGCUGUGUGAAUGCAAAUCUGUCCUGGAUCACAUGAAGGGCCAGCAGCAGGUCAGCUGACGUCUCUGACCUGCUGCAGAUUCACAAUGAGUUAAACCCAUUUUUGCGCCUCUCAGUGACCAUGGUCUUUUGUUUGUGGCCCCAGCAUCGACCUCGAUCAGCACACAAUGGCCGAUGCUUCGAUUAAAUUGGUCGAAUCUGUGGUCACAGUAGAUCUGCAGCUCAUUGUGUUCAGUCAUUGCUCGCUCCCUCUGAUUCAUGUCGACACGCACCAACACACACACACACACACACACACACACACAAAUCCUUUGGCCCCUCACUUAUACAAAUGACGCACAUGUUUAUUUUAUUAUAAGCGUGUUAGUAAGAUCCAAUCACAAGUGAUCAUUUUAAUUUCCUGUGUGAACCGGGGAUCUUCACGCUAACCUCAGGAGGGAUGUUGAUACCAGGUCUGAACGGACACCUUUGUGACUUAUUUCCUCUGCUGUACUCGUUUUCUGAAAGUUGAAGAUAUAACUCUGUGAUUGAAACUGCUCCUCCGUCACUAGAUUCUCCAGCUGAGAUGUUGUAAUGCAAUAUUUAAACGCAUGUGCAAUGAAUUAUCUGUUUCUGACCCAAGCAUCGGCGCUGGUGCACGGGAAACAUUCUCGUCCCGACACAGACGAUGAGAACUCGUUUUGACACUUGGUGAGAAAAUAAAUCAGACCAGCAGAAACUCUGGGGUCCUCUGACUGUGUGACCUCAGGUCAUCACUGCUCCAGAUUAUGAGUGAAAGCCUCUGUGUCCCUGCUCAUCCCUUCAGCUGCUUCCUCAUAUUUCACACUCCGGUCAGUGUGUUAACUUGCACACACUGAAAAACACUCCAGCUUCAUCCUGUUCUUCUGCUCAGAGGAAGGUUUCCCCUCGACUGAGUGCGACCGUCAGGAUGUCUCUUUUGCGGUAGUGUGUUUUCCUCCAGUUUUGUACGGAGCUCUGCCUGUUGUGUUUUUGCCAAAGUAACAGAUGAGAUGUAUCUUAUCUUAUUUUACUCUCAGAGAAUAUGAUGCUCAGAGCGCUUUAGUACUGCGAGACAAGCUUGAUGUUUUUUAAAGAGAAAUUAAACUUUUUAAAUAAAAUUGUGGUGACAAUAUGAA